AUGGUGAACAAAACACAAUUAAAGAAUCAAUUUUGUGAUUUAACAUCAACAUCAACAUCCACAGCUUCAAGAUAUUUAGAAGCAUCGAAUUAUAAUUUAGCGAAUGCAGUAGAUGCAUAUUAUGAUAAACAUGGAAAUAAUAAUUCAAAAACCAACGGUAAAAAAUCAAAACUGAUUGAUCCAAAAUUAAUCAAGAUAUAUGAAAAAUAUAAAGAUCCUUCAAAUCCAGAACAAAUAGAUAUUGAUGGUACAUUAAAUUAUUUAGAAGAUUUAAAAAUUGAUCCAGAUGAUCCAAAAUCUUUAUUUUUAGCAUUUUUAUUAAAAUCUCCCAAGACUGGUGUAUUUAAAAGAGAUGAAUUUUUAAAUAUAUGGCAGCACUAUAAAAUUAAUAGUAUAUCUCAAAUGAAAACUUUCUUGAAUGAAUUUUAUGAAGAUAUAUUAUAUAAUAGAGGAAACUAUACAAGUAUAGAAGAUAAUGAAGGGGAAGAAGAAAUUUUGAAUUUUAAAAAAUUAUAUGAUUUUACUUUUAAAUUUUUAAUUGAAUCAGAAAAUCAAAAAGUUUUAAAUAUUGAAUUAGCUAUAGAAUAUUGGAAAUUAUUAUUACCAUUACUUAUAGAAUCUUAUUCAGUUGAACAAUUAGAUUUAAACAAGUCAAAAAUUCAAGAAAGAAUAAAUCAAUGGUUUGAAUUUUUAAAAAAUUAUGAUAGUAAUAAAAGAAAAAUUAUAACUUUUGAUACUUGGUCAAUGUUUUAUAAUUUUUUAAUUGAAAUUUUAUUUAAUGAUCCUUUAAAUUUUAAAAAUUAUGAUGAAAUGGCUUCUUGGCCAAGUAAAAUUGAUGAAUAUAUGGAAUAUUUAAAUGAUAAUAAUUUAAUAUAA